AUGACGAGCUUCCCUUACAUCAUCGACCAUGUAGUGGGUGAAGCAAACGUAUGGGUGGACCCGCUCAUCCGACGCCUGCAAAAAAUUCUGGGAAUACAGAAGGCAGGCUGGAAAGCUGCCGGCGAUGCCAUCCCUAAUGUGACAUACAGCGUCAGCGACAGGUAUUACGUGACCGUUGCUGGGAAGCUUUGGAUCCCCGACGCCGCUGUGGAUCUGCAGCAGCGGUUUUGCAUCAUAGCCCACCAAGGCGCGGCCGACAUGGGUUUCCGACGGCAGAACCCAUUUAAGAACGAAGUCGUGGGCAAGAUCAAGAGGAUGACUACCGGCGAGUGA